AUGGGAUUGGUCAACAAAUUCUGUCCCGGAGCAGUCAAGAAGAUCGAGAAUUCAACUGCAGUUUUCAAGCAGAGGGCAAACCUUGAAUCCUUCAUCGAUGGAUUGAAGGCCUACGGGCUCAAGGACCAAGAUGUCUUCCAGGUCAACGACCUUUAUGAGAACAAGAACAUCCCACAGUUCACAGGGUGUAUGGUCUCCCUUGGCCGCUAUGCCCAGUCCCAACCCGGCUACGACGGCCCUAUCCUUGGGCCUAAGCAAUCCGAGGGCAACGUCCGUGAAUUCACCCAGGACCAGAUGGAUGCUGGCAAGCACAUGAUCGGACUCCAAAUGGGUUCCAACAAGGGUGCUUCACAGGCUGGAGGAGACUUCGGCAGACCACGACAGGUCCACUCAGAAUUCAAAUAG